AGGUGUUCAGUUUUUAUCAUUAACAUACUCGUAAAACAAAACAUGGCUUCUAUCUCUCCUUCCACCACCACGCCAACCACCAUCUCUAGCUCCACUUUCUUCCCUUCAUUCCCUAAAACAUCCCAACUUUCCUUGAUCAAGAAGAGAAACCAUCGUUACACCCCUAGAUUUUCAUGCAGAGCCACAAAUGAUGAUUCGCAAAACCCUACCACCAGAAGAGAUUUACUUAUUGGUCUAGGAGGCCUGUAUGGGGCAACAAGUCUUAGUGAUCCAUUUGCCUUCGCUGCGCCAGUGUCUGCUCCUGAUAUCUCCAAAUGUGGCAGGGCAGACUUGCCCACCGGUGCGAAUGAAACAAACUGUUGCCCUCCAGUACCAUCUACCAAGAUCCUAGACUUCAAGCGCCCUCCUUCAAAUGCCCCAUUACGUGUUAGACCAGCAGCUCAUUUAGCUGAUAAGGACUACAUAGCUAAAUACAAGAAAGCCAUUGAGCUCAUGAAAGCUCUCCCUGAAGAUGAUCCACGUAGCUUCAUGCAACAAGCCGAUGUUCAUUGUGCUUAUUGUAAUGGUGCUUAUGACCAAGUGGGGUUUCCUAAUUUAGAAAUUCAAGUUCACAACUCUUGGCUCUUCUUUCCUUUCCAUAGAUACUAUCUUUACUUCUAUGAGAAAAUCUUAGGCAAAUUGAUUGAUGAUCCAACUUUUGCUUUGCCUUUCUGGAACUGGGAUUCUCCUGGUGGCAUGCAAUUGCCAGCCAUGUAUGCCGAUCCUAAUUCACCACUGUAUGAUAGUCUCCGCAACAAGAAUCACCAACCACCAACAUUGCUUGAUCUUGAUUGGAGUGGCACAGACACCCCCACUUCAAACGAAGAGCAGUUAUCUAGCAACCUUACCAUUAUGUACAGGCAAAUGGUGUCCAAUGGAAAGACUCCUAGGCUCUUUUUCGGUGGUGCAUACCGUGCUGGUGAUGAACCAGGCCCUGAACCAGGUCCAAUUGAGAAUAUUCCACACGGUCCAGUUCAUAUCUGGACAGGUGACAACACUCAACCAAACUCUGAAGACAUGGGCAAUUUCUACUCAGCUGCUAGAGAUCCAAUCUUUUUCUGUCAUCACUCGAACGUUGACCGAAUGUGGUCAGUAUGGAAGACAUUAGGAGGCAGGCGAACUGACCUGACUGACCCUGAUUGGCUUAAUGCCUCAUUCUUUUUCUACGAUGAAAAUGCCAAUCCUGUUCGUGUCAAGGUUAGAGAUUGCCUGGAUUCAAGAAACCUAGGAUAUGUUUAUCAAGAUGUUGAAAUUCCUUGGCUACAAUCCAGGCCAACACCAAGAAGGUCAGCCAAGAAAGUGGCUAGCAAUAUCUUUGGCCAUGAAAAGGAAGCAAUUGCAGCUGAAAAGAAAAAGAACGCAUUGACACCAAUCACUGCUUUCCCUCUAGUGUUGAAUAAAGUGAUCAGUGUUAAGGUUGCAAGGCCAAAGAAAUCGAGAAGCAAAAAGGAGAAAGAAGACGAGGAGGAGCUUCUGGUAAUUCAAGGGCUUGAGUUUGACAAAACUAAAGCUUUGAAAUUUGAUGUGUACAUUAAUGAUGAGGAUGAUUCCCUUAGUGCACCAGACAAGACAGAGUUUGCUGGAAGUUUUGUGAAUGUGCCCCAUAAGCACAAACAUGGGAAGAAAAUGACUACAUGUUUCAGGUUGGCUCUUACAGAUCUCUUGGAGGAUUUGGAUGUUGAGGGUGAUGACAGUCUGAUUGUGACUUUGGUGCCAAGGUAUGGCAAGGGUCUAGCAAAAAUUGGCGGCAUCAAGAUUGAGUUUGAUCAAGAUUAAUUGAUGAUCAUCAAGAACAUGUUCGGAGAUUUGUGCGUGGAGCAAUUGGAUUAGCAUGAUGUGAUUUUCCUUUUUCUUCUCUUAAUUUGUUUUUUUAAUCAUUUUGCUAUCAUAUGUGCCCAUAUGGCAAGUGGCAAUAAGGACAUAUGUAUGUUCGUGUCUUAUUUGCAGCAAAUAAAGCAAGAUCGAUUUCACUGUU